CUGAAAUGAUUCGUUCAGUGGUCGAGCAUCGCUACAACAAACCCAGCCGUGUAACUAGUUAGCUAUAAAGUGUGGAGAGCAGCAGCUCAGCUCCAGCAGUGUUAGUGAAGUUAAUCAGGGUGGUCGAGAGAGAACAGAGCAGCUCCAGAGCAGAGGUUUGGGUGGUUAGCUGGGUCAGUAGAGCAGGUUGUGGCAGGUAAGCAGCAUUAGAACAGGUGUGGUGGGAUCCAUGGAGCAGUGGCUCAGGGGAAAACAUUAGACUGAACACAAAGACAGGACAGGUCUGAUAUGGGAUUCAGGGGAAAAGCAGCAGAGUGGGACAGAAACUUAGCAAACUGUGAGAAUGUAGAAAUGAGGUUUUGUCAUGUGACUUUUCACUGUGUUUUUAGGACUUUUUACUAAUUAGCUACAGCUCAAGGAUUUCUUUUUCAGUACAGCAUCUGCGAGUCAAGUCAGUAUCCAUGCUGAGCGUUCAUGUUUUCAAGUCUUCUUAAUCUACAAUGGAGAAGUAUGAGAAGCUGGCUAAGAUUGGAGAAGGCUCCUAUGGUGUGGUAUUUAAGUGUCGCAACAGAGAUACAGGCCAGAUAGUGGCCAUAAAAAAGUUUGUGGAGUCUGAAGAUGACCCAGUCAUCAAGAAGAUAGCACUGAGAGAAAUCAGAAUGCUGAAGCAGCUGAAGCAUGUUAACCUGGUCAAUCUUCUGGAGGUGUUCAGGAGGAAGAGAAGACUGCACCUAGUGUUUGAGUUCUGUGAACAAACUGUCCUCAAUGAACUGGACAAGCAUCCAAAGGGGGUUCCUGAGGCCCAGCUGAAGAGUAUCAUUUGGCAGACUCUCCAAGCCGUCAACUUCUGCCACAAAAACAACUGUAUCCAUCGGGAUGUGAAGCCAGAAAACAUCCUCCUGACCAAAACUGGCAUUAUUAAGCUGUGUGACUUUGGCUUCGCCCGCAUUCUCACUGGCCCAGGCGAUGACUACACGGACUAUGUGGCCACUCGGUGGUAUCGGGCUCCGGAGCUGCUGGUGGGGGACACACAGUACGGCCCCGCAGUGGAUGUAUGGGCCCUGGGCUGCGUCUUUGCUGAACUCUUGAAUGGAAACCCCCUAUGGCCUGGGAGGUCCGACGUGGAUCAGCUCUACCUCAUCCGCAGGACGCUGGGUGACCUGAUCCCUCGUCACCAGCAGGUCUUCCGUUCCAAUGUCUUCUUCAGCGGAGUCAGCAUCCCUGAGCCAGAUACCAUGGAACCGCUGGAGAAGAGGUUCCAUGGUGCGUCUCCUCAUGCUAUUGCUGUAAUGAAGUCCUGUCUAGUGAUGGAUCCUGCUGGAAGACUGUCAUGUGAGGAGUUAUUGGAGUUGACAUACUUUCAGGAAGAGGGUGGAGCAGGGUGGGGCAGAGAGGUGGAACGACCCGGCAGACGUCAUGAGAGAGGCACCAGGCGCCGAAUGCCCGGGAUGCAGUAUUUGCCUCAGCUGCCCAGCAGCAACAUCUCCCCAGCACCUGAGCUGAAGAACAAGCACAAACCCAAAUACGACCACCAUCUGCCCAACAUCUGACUGACGACUGAAGAUGACAAAGUACAUGUAAAUAUGAAAAUAGACAUAUUGUAGAUACAGUAUGAGCAGCAUUGAGAAUGGCGGCCCAAGAAGGUUCACAUGGACUUGGUUGGUUCUAUGCAGCACAUACAUAUUAUAAAAGGGGCUACAUGUUAUUAUGUAAAAUAUUCUUACAUAAAAUUGUGUACUCUCAUUUCAGAAUCAUUCUGAACUGUGCUUUAGACGAGUUGCAAAAACAUGAAAUUGUUAUAAUACUGUUACAGAAUCCUAACAUGCUGAAUUGUUGUGCCAAAUUGAGCAAACUUGUGUGAUUUGUGGCAUAAAUACACAGCUCAUCUUAUUUCUUGCUGCUCAUAGAAAUACUAGUAAUAAUGAUAAGUAAAUGGAAUUCUUCUAUGGCAAUAAUGCCAGAAUUUGUUCAUUUUAAAUAUUAUUAUUGCAGCUUUAUUUCAGGUUUCCUCUUCAGCUAAGACUAAAAUAGUUGGUGUCUCGAAAUUCACAGUUUCACAUGCCAUUAUCAUCAUCCAUGAUUAUCUUACUCACAGACAAGUAUCACAUGCCCAGAAGUUUCAGUUGUAGUGGGAGGGGUUUGGUUGCUAAAUUAACAUGCGUCGUUGGUGAUCUGAUCAGAAAUGACUAGUACAAACUACAGGUGUGAACAGGAUUUUGAGUACCCACCAUUAUCUGAUUCCUCAAAUCUAAUUUAGAGGAGGUUAGAGACGCAUAUGACCAAAUUAUUAUUGUAGUGUGAACAUUAGGGGUGUGAUAAGAAACCUCUCACGAGAGGAGAGACAACAUUAGCUUCAUGAGAACAAGACAAGAUUUUAAUAAUAUCUAUUCUUUUAUUUGAUGUUUUUUUUAAGUUAAAAUAUACAAUUGAAAAUGUUUUACUUGAUUUGAAACUCACAAAAUGCCAUUUUUAACUAUUUUGUAAGUAAUCAUCUUGUAAUGAAUUAUGUAUGAUUUGCAGUAAAAUACAGAACAGCGUGCAAGUACUGCAACUGGUUUUACCAUUAACCCAAUCCAGUAUGAUUUCAGAUGAUUUCAAUCCAGAGUCUCUUUAGACCCUAGAACUACUGUCAGAAUACCCCCACUGAGGGUUCUGUAUUCAACUGGCAAUACCUCUUGAGGGUUCUAGACAGAUCUGGCAACCUAUGACCGAAACUCAACAUGUUGGCUCUGCAUAUGUCCACGAUUCUGCAUCGUUUUACAGUUUAAACCAUGAAGGCGGUAAUGUAUAGGUAGGACUCAGCUAUAGGUUUUGCCAAUCGCUUGUGAUUGGAUCACCUAGGAUUCAUGUCAGUCCACCUCCUGAGGUCAUUUAAGUGAUCGGAUUUGCAUCUGUUUAAAAAGCAUCUUUGGUGCAUUUACAGUUUUUGCACUUUUUGCAGCUUUGCAGGCCUUAUCCAGAUAGAAUGCUCAUACAACACUCAUAUGACCCAUAUAGAGACUAUGUAUAGACGAAGUGAUAGACUACGGUAAUUUACAGUAGAAUUACUGUAGUAAAAAAGGGUCAAACAUCUUGCAUGUAGUUCCUUUAAAUUAUUUCUGUGCCUUUAUGAAUCUCUGCCUUUCUGUAGGUGUGGAGUAAUGAACUUUCACUAUUAGUGCGUGCCAUUCAGUUGGUAGUAUGUUGCACUGGGAAGCUUAAUCGAAGGAUACAAUAUUUAUGUCAUGUACAUUAACAAAUGCUUAUUAAAAAUUACUUACACAGAAAAGAAUGUAGAGAUUUUUUUAUUGACAGAAGUAAAACAAAUAAUACAAAUACAUUUGAAGCA